GGGGCGCUGUUCGCACUGCAAUGAUUCCUAAUCUCGCGCCAAGACGCACGAUAGGAGCCGGGGGACUGAGACCCACAGGUGUCGCUGCGAGGACUGCGCCAGUGCCUGCAUCGGGUUUCAAAUCCCUGAGAGACGAGGUGAAGGCACGACAAUCUACUAUGUCCAGACAGGCCCCUAUCUCGUGAAUGACUCUUGCAUAUCCCCCUUUUAAUUCCUUUUCCACAUUGUACGUGUAAAACCGGUUGUACCUUAUGUCCUUUUAUGUGUGGUUCCAAAUGACUUGAUCUGAAUGACGCCAGCGGCACCGGGACUCCGUACAUAUAUAGCAAGCCUCGCCCGCGCAGGCAGGUGCAGGUGCAAACACCACCUUCCCUCAGUUCCCGGGUAGACAUAGAACGACCUAUUUCAUGCUUCCUCUUGCUCUUCAAGCAGUUCUUACCGCCCUUGGCGCUGGCAUCGCCAACCAGCUACCUCAACAGCUCCAACAGAACACCUCUGUUGCUUCAAAUGCGACAAUGGCCUCGACCCCCGUUAUUCCCACAUCAUUGUCUGAUAUCUCAUCUCUCCUUACUUUCAUACUAUCUCUCAAUGGGUUAGGCGAUUGGUUGAAACUCUUCAUUCUGGGUGGUCUAGUUGAGAGCGCGCGUCGACUUAUCAUCGCCGCGUACAACUCAUUCCUCGAGUCAUUCCUCAUCACGGUUCACUUUGAGGGCAAUGAUUUGCCCUACUCAUGGCUCAUGUUCUGGCUGUCGAAACAAGAAUCAUGGACAAAAGCACGGACGCUGCAGAUCUCCAGCGAGACUUUUGGGCUUGGGAGCGCCGGCGGAUAUAUCGUUCCUGGAGAAGACGCUCGCGGCAAGGAAGGCGGACGACCACUUUCGCUGCUUCCAUCGUGGGAUGCGACCCAUAGCAUCUGGUUUAAGAAAAGACUGAUGCGAGUUACGCGAUCUAAGAAAUACCUGGGUGAAGGUCAAGUUGAAUAUUCCUUGAGUAUACAAAUAUAUACCCGAAGCCACAAGACUAUCCACGAUCUGCUUUUGGAGGCUAAGCGAGAAUAUGAAUCUGCAACGGAGUCUCGCGUCUCAGUUUACGUGUGCGAUCAAUAUAAUAAUUGGUACUAUGCUGGUUCACGCCCCAAACGGUCCAUGGAUUCCGUGGUCAUUCCGGAAGAAGUGAAAGAACUCCUCGUCGAGGAUGCCAAGGAUUUUAUGGACAGCGAAGCUUGGUAUGGUCAACGGGGGAUUCCAUGGCAGCGGGGAUGGCUCCUUUACGGCGUUCCUGGAUCCGGGAAAACUUCCAUCAUCCAAGCGUUGGCUGGGGAAUUGGGAAUCAACAUUUAUGUCGUGUCACUUGCCAAGCGUGGCCUAGAUGACGGUAACUUGAGUGAGCUCAUCAACAGCAUUCCAUCCCGCUCGAUUAUUCUUAUGGAGGACAUCGAUGCGGCCUUCUCUACUUCUCUGAAUCGCGAGGCUCCUGUCAAAACUACUGGCUUUGGCCCUGUACCAUCGAAUCCAUCAUCAGUAACCCUUAGCGGUCUCCUGAAUGCCAUCGACGGUGUCCAAGCGCAACAAGGUCGACUCCUUUUCGCCACUACGAAUAAAUACCUUUCCCUAGAUCCAGCCCUCGUCCGUCCUGGCCGACUUGAUGUCCACAUAGAGUUCUCGUAUGCCUCAAAAUGGCAAGCGGCUGAGCUCUUCAAGCGUUUCUAUCCAGUAGAUGUUGACGCCCCAGAGCACCCAAUAGAAGUGGAGAAUAUUGAGGAUACAGGAGAUGCGGUGGAGAAGGCUUCGCAAGUCAGUGGGUUAUCGAAUGAUACGAAGUCCCCCAAGCUCUCUACUUCGCAGCUCGAUGCGCUCGCGCACGCUUUUGCCGCAGUCAUUCCUGAGGAAGAGAUUAGCAUGGCAGCCCUCCAAGGGCAUCUCAUGUUAUAUAAAACGCGUCCUCAUGAGGCUGUGAGGGCCACCCCGGACUUCGUUAUUAAGGAGAAGGAGAGACAGGCACGAGCUGCAGUCGUUGCAGCAGAGAAGGAGGAAAGA